GUUUCCGAUGAAAUGCUAGCUGAUGUUGACGCUGCGAAAGCGCGUGCUCAGGAUGCAGUAACGCUCGCUGAAAGUAUACUGGAAGAAGCCAAGCGUACACUUGACACUUUAAAUGGUCUUGAAAUUUUCGAAGAAUUUGAUAAUUAAUUUCAACAACGAGUGGAUGCAAGUAAAUCAGAAGCAAUCGAAGAGCUGGGUAAACUUAGGGAAAUUGAGGACGAAAUUGCGCUUGCUGAAGACACAACUCGAGAGGCAGAAAAUGCGAUUGGUAACGCGAGAAAUGAUGCGAAAAUGGCUGAAGAAAUUGCUGUACAGGCCGAGAAAGAAGCUAAAAGCAUUUCCGAGGUUGGCUUUUGGAAAAUUUUUUCGAUACGGUGAUUUAUACGCACAGAGAAAUCUACGCGACUGUGGAGGUGGUCUUGGUAUUCUUGGUAAUUCAUACAACUCGUGUCUUAUAUUUGUUCUUCCAGCAACCUUUCUGGGAGAACUAAAUCUCGGAGGUGUGGUUCCAGAAAACAGAAGUCGAACAAAUGUAGUGAAGUCGCUGCAGGAAGCGCUAUCUGGUGCUCUGCAUUUGGAAAGCUGCAUGCCUGCCGUUUGA